AUGCGCGCCGCGCUCGCGCUCGGCGCCCCCUCCCCUUCCCUCCGACGUCUCUCACGCGUCGCCUCGAACACUGAAAAGCGCGCGGACGACGCCGUGAUCGCCUCCAAGCCCUUCGCUUCGAGACCGAACGCGUACGACAACGCGUCAAAGGCGCUUUUGAAUGAAGUGCGUCGAGCGCUCAUCCCCAUCGGUGCCGACGCCGCGAGCGUUCUGAGAGCCACGCAGCGGUUUCAGGACGCGUUCGAGAGCGGCGAGGACAUGGAGACGGUCGUCGCGCGAUCGCUGGGGUACGAACGAGCCGAGGACGUGCCGGAGGCACAGAAGUUUUACGCGGAGAAGAUUGCGCAAAAGCUGGAGAGCAACGCGCGGACGCUCGCGGGAGAGAUUGAACGGGCGCGAGAGAUGUACGAUGCCGGAGUGAAGGCGUACGGACGAGGGAUGUACGACGACGCGGUGAAGUGGUUCGAGGCGGCGGAGAAGGAGACGAGCGAGACGAGCACGCUGGGAGGAAAGAUUGGGAUAUACAAGGCGCUGGCGCUGGACGCGUACGGACAACGGGAUAAGGCGCUGGCGGUGUACGAGUGGCUCGAGAGCGUGCACCCGGUGAAAUCGAUCAGAAAACAGGCGGAAGAGUUGCGGUACAUCCUUGAGGCGCCGAGGUUGGAGAUUGGGGAGAACGAACGAGUCGAGGUGAAGCUGAUGCCGAAGGAUGGAUUCGAACCGUACAACGACAAGUGGGCGACGGGACGACGGUCGACGGGUUCGACGUCGUCGAGGCGAGAAAAAACGCUCGAGGAGGAGUACGGCGCUGAGGUGAACGAGCCGUUCGAUUAUGAAAAGCUGAGACUCGGCUUGCAAAUCGUUGGCCUCACGUGCGUCGCCGUCGGCGUCGCGUGGUAUUCCACGCGCUUGCGCUGA